AUAUAUAUCAACGGGCAGUUAAAGUAGGAUGACGAUUUCUGUCUGUUAAAACAACACAGACCCCAGUUUCAAAAUAGUCAAUAGUUCAAAAGACUCGUUAAGGGCGGAAUUUGCAGACUGAUGAUGAUACAGUGCUCUUCCCAAAUAAACUGAAUUUAUAGGCUAAAAGUUUCAGUAUUGGGAUUGGUAAUACCAGCCCCGUGUAUAGUUGGCAUUGGCUCACCUAAAUGUGCAGACAAAUUGCACAGACGCGUUUCCUGGACCCAUCUUCUGCGCUCAGUUUGGGCCGCUCGUGAAGGUCACGUGGUGUAAUUAACCCAAGCCUGAGCGCCAGAACAAACUAGAGAACUGGCUUUACAGAGUUAUCUGUGUAACAGCGCUGUUUACAACAGUUUUAACUCAUACUACCGAGUAAAUGUCAAGGAACGGGUUAAUAUCGAGUUUGCGGAGGCUAAUAAACGACGAGGAGCCGCUCGAAACGAGGUCUCCGAGUCCUUUUGAGCAGCUACGUCCACGGAUGAAUGACAUCAUAGGAGAUGGAGGAAUCCUGAAGGAGGUGGUCCAGCCAGGAGAGGGCCCGCCUGUCCCCGAAAACGCUUCAGUACUGAUCCAUUACUCAGGAUUCCUGGAAUAUUCUGAUCAGCCUUUUGAAACCACCACUCACCUCAAAUACCCUCGGAUGAUGAAGUUGGGGAGAGAUGUGACACUGGCCGGGCUGGAGCUGGGUCUGUUGACCAUGAAGAAAGGAGAGUUCUCUCGGUUCCUCCUCCAGCCUCAGUAUGCUUACGGGGAAAUGGGAUGCCCUCCAUUUAUCCCCGCAGCAGCUGUGGUUCUGUAUGAGGUUCAGAUCCUCGACUACCUUGACUCAGGACAAGUGGAUGACUUUAUUGCAAUGAGUCUGGUAGGGAGGCUGCAGGAGCAGCAGAACACCGUUCCUAUGUCCGCACUUCUUGAAGUUGUCAACACACUGCGGAGCUUUGGCAACCGUUUCUUCAACCAGAACCGAUAUUACAAUGCCAAAGAUCGCUAUAAACAGGCUAUGACGCUGCUGGGAAACAGGGAAACACAGAGUGAUUUAGAGAAGGAGAGGAUCAAGACGGCUCUGCUUCCUCUCUACCUGAAUAUUUCUCUCGCUGAGCUCCGCCUGGAAAGACCGCACAAAGCCCUGAAAUAUGGGAACAAAGCCUUGGAGAUAGACUCUGCCAACACAAAGGCUCUCUUCCGCUGCGGACAGGCUUACCUGGAGCUGCAUGAGUAUGCGAGUGCUCAGUGUUGCCUCACAUCUGCUCAAGCACAGAAGCCCUUUGACAGUGACAUCAACAACCUUCUGAGGAAAGUGACCAUGUGCUAUAAAGACAGCCUGGACAAAGAGAAAGACUUGUACUCAAAGAUGUUUAGAGAGCUGAAGGGCUCAGUGAAAAUGUGAGGACCAGCAGCAGGAGGAGGAGGUGAGAAAUCCUGUUCAUUCAUUCUGACUGGUUUUCAUAUAUUUUAAUCUCAUCUCCAUGGGAGGGUUAACAUUUUAAAAUGACUUCUGUGUGAUGUGCCAGUAACUGUCCUUUUCCCUUAAACCUGCUACACCCGUCGUCACAAAUAAAUUAUAAUAAAUACACUCUGUAUAAUAACUUUUAAUGAAGCCAUGAAAAAUAUUAGACUGUGUUUCAAAGUAAAAUCUUGUUGGUUAGUUUCCUUCUACUGAUCUGGAUCUCAUCAUUUAACCAAACAUUAACUGUAUGAUCUGAUACAAACUACAGCUCUCAUGAGUCUUUGCCAUUUGCACAG